AUGCUUCGUCGACUUCACACACGCAUUGUAGGGAUGGGUUCUAUCUGCGGUAUGACGCCGUCACCACCAGCUGAAGUGUUUCUCAAAUCCCUCCCACCACCGAGUGAGAUAGACCCUGUUAAGUACCAACGAUUUGAACGAGAAGAACGUGAACGCAAGCAUACCCCUAGAAGUUGCUUACCAUUAGUUCCUCCAGAACCAUUCUAUGAUAUCCAAUGUGGAGCAGCAGGUCACAAACAUGUAGUACUCAUGACCCGAGAGGGGAACCUCAUUACAUUUGGUGAUAAUCGGUAUGGACAGACAGCAGCCCCAAGAGAAGAUCAACAAGAAUUUGGAAAUGAAAUUUCCGAAAAGAAGAUGUCAACAAUGCGAGCCUCUGAUCCAGAUUGGUCACCAUUGUAUAUUGAGCUUAAUGGUGCUUUUACCUCUGAUCAGCAAGCUGUGGUAUGUGGUUCUAACUACACGAUUGUGUAUCAACCUGGUGGUCGUCGUGCUAUUGGAUUCGGUAAUAAUCACAUGGGCCAACUCGGUAUUGGACAUAAGAAUCAAGUAGAUAGUGAUAAGGGUUUUGCUGAAUGGGAUCCUAAAGCUAAUUGGUGGGGCAAUAAUAAGAGUGUGAUUCGAAAUAUUGUAUGCGGUUUCAAUCAUACUUUAGUGCAAUUAUCUUGUGGUUCACUCUUUUCAUUUGGUAGUAACACAUGGGGUGAACUCGGUAUUGGUUCAACUGUUUCACCCAUGGAACCGGCACGAAUAAGCUAUUUUGAAGAAAAAGGUAUUGAAAUAAUAAAGGUUGUAGCGGGCAAUAGUUUUUCCUUAUUUUUAACACGAGAAGGGAGGGUGUACGGAUGUGGAGCGACAAAUUUUGGGCAGCUUCCAGCGAAUGAGUUUGAACCCGUUCCUGUACCCUUAACCCGGAACUUUCUGCAAGACUCAAAAAACAGUAAUGGGACACAAUUAAUUAGAAUUAAAGAUAUUGCAUGUAUGGGAUCUGCGGCAGUAUUUUUG